AUGGGAGUUAAUCAUUCAAGGAGAAAACCCAGUGGAUUUCGCCUCCUUAACCCACCAUGGAUGCGACCUGGUAGAAAGUCCAAGAAAAAGCAGAUCACCAAGGAGGAGUAUCUUGCUGAUGAUGCUACUGAGAAGGGUACUCAGAAGCAUCAAAAAGCUAAGAAGGAAAAAUCAGCAAUGUCCACUAUUCAAGAGGAAGUGGAGGACUUGGAUGAAGUCCCAUUUAUCAGGAAAAGGAAAAGGACUGAUUCUGAAAAACCUCUAAGUCCUAAGAAGAAAAGAGAAGCUGCUCUUCAAACCAUCAGAAACAAGAGAACAAGAGAUCUAAAAACUGCUGAAGGUAGCAAAGAAGAUCAAGCUGAACAGCCAGAAGAAGAGCCAUGUGCUAAAAAGGCUAAGAAUAAGCCUAGUGUCAUGCCAAUGUAUGUUCCUACAGCAGAACAAUGGCUAUAUGCUAGGAAUUAUACUAGAACUGGGAUGGCUAAGUUGAAGGAGCUGAGACAGCAGAAGAAAAGAGAGGAACAACUUAAGGCUGCAGGGUAUAAGCUAGCUCCUGAGAAGGCUGCUGAGUUUGCUGCGUUGGCUGCUGAGGUUGAAAAGGAAACUGUUCAGGAGGGAUUGAAGCUGCUUUCUCAAGCUUUGAAAGACAAGCAAGCUUCCGAAGCUACUUCUUCAGAACCAGCUUCUAAAGCUUCAGAAGCAGCUCUUCCAGAAGCUCACUCUUCAGGUGAUCGUGCUUAG